GGCUGCGCUUCGUGGCCCUGUUUCAUCGCUUUCUGCUACUGUGCUUCAGUCUUUGAGCAGUGAGUGAGGAUGGACCCCGGACCCCAAGGACCCCCCGGAGCUCCCCGCCUGCUGCUGCUCCUCGCCAGCCUCCUGCACCUCUCUCCGUUUGCGAGUGGAUCAUCAUGUAAGUAUAGUUUCUGAAUCUGAAGAACUGGAUCGGGGUUUGAAGGAAACCGUUUAUACCUUGCGGGGCUUUUGUCUGCAGGAAACAGGCUUCAUGUUGUGCCCUUCUGGUCUUUGUAAGCCUUUAGUGAUAUCUAUUUAAGAACAACACAUGUGGGCUUCAUUUCAGCGCAGCAAUUAGUAUAUAAAAAUACAUCAUUGACCCAAAAGCCUACAGCGAGUAGCCCAGGAUGCUUCAUGGUAACCAGCGUAAACGCGUCUCAUCAUACUCCAACUGUUAAAACGACUUUAUCUGACUUGUAUUUAUAAUUUCUCACAAUGCGCUUCCUCUUGUGGACUAGUUCAACAGCUGUGGGGUAAAUGGAGACGUCUUCGGCCUCAGUGCCUCCAUCAUGCAUGCGUCUGCUCAGGAUGUGGCUGAGUUGCGCUGUUGUUGAAGGAGCAGGAGCCGCUGUCCCGGGGGAGAGGGGGUCACAGGCUGUUUGUUAGAGCGCUUCCUCUCCUCUCCGGCUCCCGCUCACUGUGCAGGACAUUAAGCGCCUUCCUCCAGACUUCACCGUCAUUGUAAUGACAAUAAUAGAGCCAGUCCGCUGCAUUGUGUUACUGCUGCAGUCCCUCAGGUUGGUUUUAAAUAAGCGUGACGUGCAGGCGGCUUCUCCAUGCGUGUCGUUUGCAGCCUACACUAUAGAUGCAGUGGGCCUGCAGAUCCAGCCUGGCGAUGUGGUCCGGAGCGGCACCGCGGUGACGCUGCGCUGCAAGGUCAGCGUGAGCCACGACAACAUCCCCGACCUCAACCACACCUUCCAGCUCACGCGGGACUCGGCCCCCGUCUUCACCAGCACCACCGCGGAGGACCUGCUGGUGUACGAGCUGAGCCCGGCCAGGGCUGCCGACUCCGGCAGCUAUGAGUGCCUGGUCACAGUGAAGGACAAGAAGAAGAAGAGCUACAGCAAAAUCCUGGAGGUCACAGGCCUGCAGACCCCCCUCCUGCAGUUAAGCACCACUCAGCCCUUUCAGAGCAAGGAGUUCACAGCCACGUGCAGCGCUCCGGAGGAGAAGGGAGCCCUCAUAUUCCGCUUCUACCAGAGGUUUGAGACCGGAGAGCUUCUGAAGAUGAAAGAGCUGGCGUCGCCCGGGAACGCGACGCAGGCGGCGCUGGUGCUGGCGCAGACUGGAAGUCCCUUCCUCUUCUGUGAAUAUGACCUCAACUUGGUUUCAUUUGGGACCAGACGCUCCAACCGAAGCAAUGAGGUUCAAGUGGUGGUCAAAGCGCUCUUCAUUUCCCCGGUCAUGAACGUGCUGCCGUCCCCUGUCUUUGAGGGCGAAGUGGUGGAAUUCACCUGUCAAGUGAUAAAUCCGCCUCCAGGCAUUGAACUGUUUCUGAAAAAGGACAGCAGGAUCCUGCAGCAGACCAACAGCACCCUCAUCCAUCGAUUCUCAGCGAAGGACAGCGACUCUGGGGAGUUCAUGUGCAAAGCAGAGUGGGACAGCGUGCAGAAAGAAACCUACAAGUCAGUCGUUGUUAAAGAGCUCUUUUCGCGGCCCCGUCUGACCGUGGAGCCGCACGACAUAUUCGAGGGAGACACGUUCACGCUGACCUGCUCCGUCGCUAACGUUUCUGAGCGCGUCGACAGGGAGGACCUGCAGUUCGUCAUCUACAGAGACUGGACCAACGUGAGCGCGUCACACGUGUACAGCGGUGUGGCCGGAGCAGGAAGUAACGGGAACUACGUCUGCGAAGUGCUGGUUCACUCCGUCAGGCACAGUGUUAGCAAGCAGAGCGCACGGGUCGCUGUCAGAGCCAAAGUCCCCGUCUCCAAGCCCAGGCUGAGCGUGCGCGGGGGCACGCUGGUGCUGGGGAUGCCCUUCCAGCUGCUCUGCCACAGUGACGCCGGGUCUCUGCCCAUCACCUACGUCCUGUACGGCCCCGGGGUCCAGAACCAGCGCAGGACCGUGAGCAGGCCGGGGGAGCUCGCCCUCUUCAACUCCUCGGGCAUCUUUGAUGCCGCAAAGCUGGGGACCUUCCUUUGCCACGCAAGGAACCGAGACAGCGGGCCUCCCGAGAAGUCCGGGCUCCAGCUGCAGCGCUCCACCAUCGUCAUAGAGCCGGUGUCCAGGCCCCUGCUGGGCCUCAGCACGACCAGCGUCGCCGAAGGCCAGACCCUGACCCUAGUCUGCUCCCUCACACACGGCACUCCUCCCAUCAGUUUCACCUGGUACCACCAGAAGAAGGUUCCUCCUCUCGAGUCCCGGACCUCCAACAAGCUGCAGGAGUCCUUCGACAUUAGCAGCGUGAAGCGGGAGGACGAGGGCAGCUACUACUGCAUGUGCACCAACCCGGCCAACCAAACCAAGCUGAGCAACCGCGUGGCUGUAGCAGUCACGCUGGCCGGCUGGAAGAAAGCGCUUAUUGCCACCUCCUGCACGGCGCUCGUGCUGAUGUUGGUGCUCGGGUGUGUCUUUAAAAAGCACCUGCGUAGAUACAAGCGAGGGCGCAUGGGCGAGCUGUCGGUGAAGUCGUCCGGCACCAAAACGGAGCGGCUGAGCCUCACCCAGGCAGAAUUCAACCAGGCCAACGCAACUCCGGGCAUGAUCGGAAAGAGCAUUUGGAGCGAGCACACGUCAGGCUCCGAGUCCGAUGACCAGAACAGCUCAGUUGUCGCAGAACCGGACGACACAGAGGAGCAAAACACGUUGGCGGAUCCUGACAAAGGUGUCCCAGAGCUGCCUGAAGCGCAGUCGGUCAAAUACGCCGAGCUGAAUCACGACGCAGAUCACCAUGGCGACGAUGGUAACCACGGCGAUGCGCCUGUCCAGGACGACCACAUAUCCGAGGCUGACAACAAUGAGACCGUCGACGUCAGCGCUGGCGCCUGUGUGGAGUCAGACCCCUGAACCAAAGCCGGGACCCUAUUUAUUGCAGUGGGAGUCAGAUUUUAAAACAUGUAACAUUGUAAAUUUGCCUGCUUUUCCUUUGAAGGACAAAUAAAAUGUGUUUUUUUUA